AUGUCUGGUGCUGUUCUUGAACCAAGAGCAUCAUCUUCAUCGUUUGUAGAAUCGGAUUGCAUUGUCAUUGAGAUGGAUGAUGAAACACUUGCUUUAGCAGAAGCCGAAAAACAAAAUGAAAUCAUUGCACUCAACGAAGCAGACGGACAAUGGAAAUUGAAUUUAAGUGAUGGUUUUUACAGACAAUGGGAUAGAGUCAUAGCUGCAUUGACUACUGACACUAAUGAAGAUUCUAAUCAAGCUUCAAUUGAUAGAAACACUUGCUCGCUAGAUGAUUGGACUUAUUUAAUAGAAGAUAAAGUUUUCAUUGUUAGUCUUUUGGGUAAUACAUCAAGUGGCAAAAGUUUUGUGGCACGACAUUUACUCAAUGAUUCGCAAGAUUGUAAUACCAUCAAUGGCCCAGUGUGCAUCGAUGAACCGGAGAAGAAAGGUGCGACUACGGUAAAUAUUAAUUGUUAUGUGAGCGAAUCCAAGACAAAUCAAAAGACUCUUGUCUUAGAUUAUGAAGGUGAAAAGGGUUCAGCAUUUCCAUUGCUUCACUAUGCUCGACAAAGUCUUCGACAUUUGUCAAGGACAGCGGACCAAGCGCAUCAUCGUCGACAAGCAGUGGCUGAUUACUUCCCCAAACUAGCCUAUAUUUUAAGUGAUGUUGUCAUUUUACUAGGCAACGAUGAUCUUGCUUGCACUGAUUAUCUAACUCGUUGUCGCGAGUUUGUAUUGAAAGCGAAUGAUGGAGUCAGUCAAAUGGUCGAUCGGCCACUGCUGAUUAUUGUACAAAACAAAGCAUCAAUAGCUCAAUCGUUGAGCUAUGAUGUAGUGACGAGAAAAUUUUUUGAGAUUCAUGGACAAGAAGCAGCCGAUCUGAGAAUAUAUUUUUCGGGUAUCAAGUGUUUUUGUUUACCGCAUAAAGAACAGCUUCAGCGUACCAAAACUGGCAUAUUGGAUGGAAAAGAAAUUUUCGAUCGACAUAUGGCUGAUUUGAAAGGUAUUUUUUCAGCUCUUCAUAAUCAUAAAACUAAACAAUUAUUAACGCAUGCUCAAUGGUUAUAUUUACUCCAUAGUGUUUUGCCCAUAGUUCAAAGUGGAAAAUCAGUUUCAUUACACACACUUCUGAACGAAAUUGUUGCUCAUGAUGAUAACCAGAUGAUUGAAAUAAGUAGACGUUGUUUUCUCUAUUUCUAUAACUUAAGACCGAUUCAUACACCUGCAUGGUUUGAUAAUUGUUGUCGUUUUGCUAUUCGUGUCUUAGCUCAUCUUCUGGCUGUCAAAGCUUACGAUCAACGAGAAUUAAUGUCAGAACGAAUCAUUCACGAACAGUGUGAGAAAGCAGUAGAACAACUAUCUAAUAAACUGGAUGAAUUUCAACCAUGUGAGGCGCUCUACAAUGGAAAAGGUCGUUCGUCAAGAAAUCAAGAUAAUGAAUCGCCUAUUUUCUGUUAUCAACAUAAAGGUGCACACGAAGGUGGUCAUCGAACGUGUCAAUCUGUAUAUGGAUUGACUCAAUGGAAAAAAUUCUGGAAUUGGUCUUCGACUGACGUCUGGCCUGGUGAGUUCGUAUCGUCGGCUAGACAAGAAAUGACAAGUAUUAUUUUUUCCGACAGCAUUAUCAAGGAUUUGUCGUAUCGCGUCAGAGAGCAAAUGAAUGCUUUUCGAGAAGAUCCAGAAGCUACCUAUUAUCUAUUCACGGAUCUCUUGUUAAGUAGUCAGUUUUCAGAAGAACCCUUGGAAAUAUUCAGACGCGUUUGUUUCUGUGGAUCAUGCUCAACCUCAACUUUCGUUGGUUCGAAUGCUUUUGAACAUCACACUAGAAGAUUUCAAUUAAGUCCAAUAACAUUGGUGCGAAACUUGCUCUUGAUUUCGUCAUCCCAAUCAAAUGGCAGUGACUGGGUUGCAUGUAGCAAAUGUUAUCGAAAACUUGACGCUGCCUGGAAUAGAUUUUCCACUAGUCGUAGUCCUCCAUUUGCUCAUACAUCUUUGCUACCUCCUAAAGAGGUACCUGACUGUUCUAUUUGUUUCGAUGGUAAACGUGAUUUCCUCUUCAUUCCUUGUGGUCAUCGAGGUUUCUGCGAAAGUUGUGCCGAUAAGAUUCUUGGCGAGCAGGCUUCUUGUCCAUUUUGUCGAUCGUCGAUCAGUGGAAAACAACGUGUUCAUGAUGUUUGA